GUUUCAACGGCUUUUUGCAUCUUCUUCUAAUUUCUAGGGACAAACUUGAAGUUGGAAAGUUUGGCUUCUUCGCGCCAGGACAGAGCAAGAAAACCAAUGUGACAGAAAUGUGAAACAGGAUCAGGAAAACCAAUGUUAUAUUUUCCACAUGACAUGCACCGCAUGUUGGCUGCCUUUGACUCUUUUUGAGGUUGGAAAGGUCAAAUACAAUAUGUUAACCGAAAAAUGCGACUUCUGAAACAUAAGUUGGGAGACAUGUAUUUGUCAUGUGUGAGUUUCCAGGUCUUUCAUUCGACAUGUGAAAAGGCCUUGGAUAUGGUAUGUGGACCAUGAGUUUCUUGCACAGUGACCAACUUUCCAAACCAAGGAUUCGGGUCAAUUAAGAAAAGUCUCACAACUAUACGCAUAUGGUUUUUAUCAGUAUCAGAACAUGUUUUACUUCUAGAUUUUGGUUCUUCCAUCUUCUCUGGAGAAGUCCUGUGCUAAUUUUUUUCCGAUACGAGUAUACAAUGCAAGCCUUGAGAAGCAUUUUUGUGUGCUCUUUCUUAUUUCCCUUCUUAAGAAUCUCCACUCCAACAACACCAGACACAAUUACUCCAAAUCGAUAUAUUAGAGACGGUGAAAGUCUAGUUUCAGCAGGUGGAAGCUUUGAACUGGGAUUCUUUAGCCCUGGUAAAUCAAAUGGUCGAUACUUGGGAAUAUGGUACACUGUUGAUACUGAGGCAGUUGUAUGGGUAGCCAACAGAGAGACACCACUUGGCGAUACUUCAGGAGUUUUGAAGGUCACUGAGCAAGGAGUUCUAGUCCUUCUCAAUAGCUCAAACAGCAUUGUAUGGUCAUCCAAUACAUCAAGAACUGCAGGGAAUCCAGUAUCACAACUCCUGGAUUCAGGAAAUCUUGUUGUGAAAGAUGGAAAUGAAACCAACCCUGUUAACUUUUUGUGGCAGAGUUUUGAUUAUCUUUGUGACACAUUCCUACCAGAAAUGAAGCUUGGUUGGGACUUAGUUACUGGUUUAGAGAGGUACGUCUCGUCUUGGAGGAGCAAAGACGAUCCUGCUCUAGGAGAGUUUUCGUUACGGAUAGAUCAUCGUGGUUUCCCGCAAGCUGUUGUUGUGAAAGGAGCUAAGAUAGUGGCUUCAGCAGGCUCAUGGAACGGCCUUCAUUUUACAGCAUAUCCAUAUCCUCCACAAACACGACCAAACCCAACAUUGGAGUAUGAAUUUGUGUUGAACAAGGAUGAGAUCUAUUAUGAGUUCAGGCUCUCAAAGAGGUCCACGUUCUCAAGAUAUAUAUUGAAUCCAUCAGGCAUUGCGCAGCGAUUAACAUGGGUGCACCAAACACAUAGUUGGGAACUUUCCUCUACAUUUCAAGCAGACCGGUGUGAAAAUUAUGCUUUGUGUGGUGCAUAUGCUAGUUGCAAUCUGAAUGUCUCUCCCUUAUGUGCAUGCUUGAAUGGAUUUGUACCAAAAUCUCCAAAAGAAUGGAAUUCGGGAUAUUGGUCUGAUGGUUGUGUUCGAAAGAUUCCAUUGGCUUGCAGCUCUGGAGAUGGCUUCCUAAAGUACACUGGGGUUAAAUUGCCAGACACAUCUUCCUCAUGGUUUGAUAAAAGCACGAGCCUCAAGGAAUGCAAGGGAUUAUGUUUGAACAACUGCUCAUGUACGGCAUAUGCAAAUUUAGAUAUCAGGGAGGGAGGAACUGGCUGCUUGCUUUGGUUUGGCAAUCUCAUUGACAUAAGGGAAUUCACUCCCGGUGGUGGUCAAGACCUCUAUAUACGGAUGGCAGCUUCAGAACUUGAUCAAAUUGAGAAAAGGAGCAAGUUCAACAAGAAAAAGCUACUUGGAAUUCUUCUCAUCAGCUCUACACUUUUUCUUUUGGGAACUUUAAUAAUUGGCUUGAUAUUGUAUAGAAGGAAGAAGAAACUCAGAAGUCAAGAAAUCUCCCACCUAAUUUCAGGAGUCAGAAGCAUGGAUUGCAGAAAAGAUUGCCUUGGAAAAGACAUGGGAUUACCACUAUUAAACUUGACCACCGUAGCCAAAGCCACUAAUGAGUUUUCAAGCAGUAACAAGCUGGGAGAAGGUGGUUUUGGACCCGUGUACAAGGGUACAUUGAUAGGAGGAAAAGAAAUUGCAGUGAAAAGGCUUUCAAAGGAUUCUGGACAAGGACUGAGGGAGUUCAAAAAUGAAGUUAAGCUGAUAGCCGGACUUCAACAUCGCAAUCUUGUAAAGCUUUUGGGUUGUUGCAUUCAAGAAGAUGAAAAAAUUUUGAUAUAUGAAUUCAUGACCAACAGAAGCUUGGACUUCUUUAUUUUUGAUAAUGAGGGACAAAAGUUGCUCGACUGGGCUACAUGCUUCCACAUUAUUGGUGGAAUUGCUAGAGGGCUUCUUUAUCUUCACCAAGACUCCAGAUUGAGAAUUAUCCAUAGAGAUUUGAAAGCUAGCAAUAUCCUGCUUGAUAAUAAUAUGAACCCUAAGAUUUCAGACUUUGGCCUCGCUAAAACAUUUGGUAGUGAUCAAAGUCGGGGUAAUACAAAAAGAGUGGUUGGAACGUAUGGUUACAUGUCUCCCGAAUAUGCAGUAGAUGGAAUUUUCUCGAUGAAAUCUGAUGUCUUUAGCUUUGGAGUAAUACUGCUAGAGAUGUUGAGUAGGCAAAAGAACAGGGGAUUUUCUCACCCAGAUCACCACCUUAACCUUCUUGGACAUGCAUGGAUACUAUGGAUUGAAGAUAAACCAUUGGAACUGAUUGAUAAGACAUUAGGUGAUUCGUGCACCAUAUCUGAAGUGUUAAGGUGUCUUCAUGUGGCGCUGUUAUGUGUGCAAAGAGUACCUGAAGAUAGACCAAGCAUGUCAUCUGUGGUUCUAAUGUUGAGCAGUGAUGUUUCCUUGCCUCCACCAAAGCAGCCUGGUUUUUACACUGAGCGAAGUGUCCCUGAAUCACCCUUAAGUACACGCCGGUGUUCAGCGAAUACUUCCAUUACAAUAAUAGAGGCUCGGUAUAUCUCAACUACAACCACACUAGACACAAUCACUCCAAGUCGAUCUAUGAGAGAUGGUGAAACUCUAGUUUCAGCAGGUGGAAGCUUUCAACUGGGAUUCUUUAGCCCUGGUACAUCAAAAGGUCGAUACUUAGGAAUAUGGUACUCUGUUGAUAUUGAGACAGUUGUAUGGGUAGCCAACAGAGAAACACCACUUGGCGAUUCUUCAGGAGUUUUGAAGGUCACUGAGCAAGGAGUUCUAGUCCUUCUCAAUACCUCAAACAGGAUUGUAUGGUCAUCAAAUUCAUCAACAACUGCAGGGAAUCCAGUAUCACAACUCAUGGAUUCAGGAAAUCUUGUUUUGAAAGAUGGAAAUGAAACUAACCCUGAUAAAUUCUUGUGGCAGAGUUUUGAUUAUCCUUGUGACACAUUCCUACCAGAAAUGAAGCUUGGUUGGGACUUAGAUCCUGCUCCUGGAGAGUUUUCAGUAAGGAUGGAUCGCUGUGGUUUGCCACAAGUUGUUACUAUGAAAGGAGCUAAGAUAAUGGCUAGAGUAGGGUCAUGGAACGGCCUUUAUGUGACAGGAUAUCCAUAUCCUCACCCAAUAUUUGGGUAUGAAUUUGUGUUUAACAAGGAUGAGGUCUAUUAUGAGUACAGGCUUCUAAACACGUCCAUGUUCUUGAGAUAUAUGUUGAAUCCAUCAGGCAUUGCGCAGCGAUUCAGAUGGGUGUACCAAACACAUAGUUGGGAACUUUCCUCUACAUUUCAAGCAGACCGGUGUGAAAAUUAUGCUUUGUGUGGUGCAUAUGCUAGUUGCAAUCUGAAUGUCUCUCCCUUAUGUGCAUGCUUGAAUGGAUUUGUACCAAAAUCUCCAAAAGAAUGGAAUUCGGGAUAUUGGUCUGAUGGUUGUGUUCGAAAGAUUCCAUUGGCUUGCAGCUCUGGAGAUGGCUUCCUAAAGUACACUGGUGUUAAAUUGCCAGACACAUCUUCCUCAUGGUUUGAUAAGAGCAUGAGCCUCAAGGAAUGUAAGGGAUUAUGCUUGGCAAACUGCUCAUGUACGGCAUAUGCAAAUUUAGAUAUCAGGGAGGGAGGAACUGGCUGUUUGCUUUGGUUUGGCAACCUCACUGACAUAAGACAAUUCACUUCCGGUGGUGGUCAAGACCUCUAUGUACGGAUGGCAGCUUCAGAACCUGAUCAUAUUGUGGAAAAGAGCAAGUUCAACAAGAAAAAGUUACCUGGAAUUCUCAUCAGCUCUGCAGUUUUUCUUGUGGCAACGUUACUAAUUGGAUUGAUAUUGUAUAUACGGAACAAGAAACUCAGAAGCCAAGGAGUUAGAAGCAUAGAUUGCACAAAAGAUUACCUUGGAGAAGACAGGUGUAUGUUAAAGUUAACCAAUUGGUAUAAGUAUUUGAAUUUGGAAGACAUGGAUAACAUACAAGAUAUCACACAAGGGAUACAGGAAAUGAAAUUUGAAGUGAUCGCACGCUCUUUUCCUGAGGAAAUCAUACAACAUAUCCUAAUUAGGCUACCUGUUAAAUUUCUGAUCAAAUGCACUUCAGUUUGCAAGACAUGGAGGUCCAUGAUCAUAAACCAAAGCUUUAUCCGCGCCCACCUCAGCACAACAGUGGACUUUGCUAACCAGAAUGAUGUUGACCUCCUCCUACUCCACAGAAUUUCUGGUAGCAGCAGCCGCAACAACUACCAAAACACGUUCAUUCACAAGGUAGAAGACGAGGUUCACUCUGUGCAUCAUGAUAACCAGGCGUUUGAUGAGUACUCCAAGAUCGAAUUUCCAAUUGCUGCAAAGAAAAACUAUGGCAAUUCACAUAUUCGUGUGCUUGGCACUUGUGAUGGGCUUUGUUGCGUUCAAGAAGAGGAAAAAAUCUUGAUAUAUGAAUUCAUGCCCAACAAAAGCUUGGACUUCUUUAUUUUUGAUAAAGCUGCAUCCAGUGCUUUUGUUAAUGGGGUUCUUCAUUGGCCUGUAGUCUGUCAGACAGAUGUUGAUUCUUACUAUUUUAUAUUGACAUUUGACCUGGGCAAGGAGGUGUUCAGUCAGAUACCUAUGCCGAAGAUUAUUCAAUGGAAUUUCAAGUUGGGAUUGCAAUUGUCUGUUUCAGAUAACAGAAAAUCUAUUGCUUUGUUCAUGAUGCCCAACAAUCUCUUUAUGUGUUUGCCCAAGUGCCUGAUGUACCUGAUGCCUGAUGUGCAUCAACGUCCGUUUCUUGUUAUUUAUCAUGCUGAUAUUUCAGAUCAAAUUGAGAAAAAGAGCAAGUUCAACAAGACAAAGCUACCUGGAAUUCUUCUCAUCAGCUCUACACUUUUUCUUUUGGGAACUUUAAUAAUUGGCUUGAUAUUGUAUAGAAGGAAGAAGAAACUCAGAAGUCAAGGAGUCAGAAGCAUGGAUUGCAGAAAAGAUUGCCUUGGAGAAGACAUAGGAUUACCACUAUUAAACUUGACCACCGUAGCUAAAGCCACUAAUGAGUUUUCAAGCAGUAACAAGCUGGGAGAAGGUGGUUUUGGUCCUGUGUACAAGGGCACAUUGAUAGGAGGGAAAGAAAUUGCAGUGAAAAGGCUUUCAGAGGAUUCCGGACAAGGACUGAGGGAGUUCAAAAAUGAAGUUAAGCUGAUAGCCGGACUUCAGCAUCGCAAUCUUGUAAAGCUUUUGGGUUGUUGCAUUCAAGAAGAUGAAAAUUUUUUGAUAUAUGAAUUCAUGAUCAACAGAAGCUUGGACUUCUUUAUUUUUGAUCAAGAGGGACAAAAGUUGCUCGACUGGGCUAUGUGCUUCCACAUUAUUGGUGGAAUUGCUAGAGGGCUUCUUUAUCUUCACCAAGACUCUAGAUUGAGAAUUAUCCAUAGAGAUUUGAAAGCUAGCAAUAUCCUGCUUGAUAAUAAUAUGAACCCUAAGAUUUCAGACUUAUGUGCUAAUUUCUUUCGAUAUAAAAGUAUGUAGUCUCAGAAUAUCAAUGCAAGCCAUGAAAAGCCUUUUUGUGUG